AUGAGCGCAAGCAUCUCACCAAAAUGUCGUGCUCAUCGCAGUUAUGUAAAAGCAAUAAGAGAGAUUCAAAUUCCUUAUAGUGAAAGGGAAGCAGCAAUAGAGCUAAUGAUCACUCUCAGGAUGGAAGGUAACCAUGAAAGAAGCUUGAUCAUUUUCUCUUCAAGGGGAAGCUUGAUAUGCUUUACAAGUGAAAAAAAAAGUCUUUUGUGGAGGCAGCAUGAGCGCAGGCAUUCUCACCAAAAUGUCGGUGCUUUUUGCAGUUAUGUAGAAGCAUUAAUUGAGAUUCAUAUUCCUUCUUAUAGUGAAAGGGGAAGCGGUGCUAGAGCUAAUGAUCACUCUCAGGAUGGAAGGAUUUGCCAAACUUCUGUAGCAGUUGCUCCCGGGGUUUCUCCUCAUGCUAGCGAUAAUAAUCAUAACCAAGUAGCCCUUGAUCUUAAUAAUUCAGCUUCUCGAAACCAUCAAGUGGAGGUCUUUCAUGAAUUUUAUCUAUGUGGUUCAGUUUCAGGUUUCAAAAUACAUCAACAGGUGGAAUGUAUAGGAAAGAUUAAUGAGGAUAUAACUACAAAUAUGAUUAUAAUCAUUAUGGAAAUAGGGAUUAUGAUGAUCAGAUUGGUCGUGGAAGAGACCUUGAGUACGGAUAUAGAGAUGAUGGUCAGUGGGAAUUCAAACAUUUGUGUUACUUUCAUUGUGUUUUGCUUGACAUGAUCAUCUUCUCUGUUAGAGGAGGUGGUGCUCGAGCUGAUGAUCACUAUCGGGAUGAAGGUUUGACCAACUUCUGUAACAGUUGCUCUUGGGGGUUCUCCUCCUGCUAGUAAUAAUAAUCCUUACCAAGUAGCCCUUGAUCUUAAUAAUCCAGCUUCUUGAAAUCAAGUGGAGGUCUUUGAUGAAUUUGAUCCAUUUGGUUCAGUUUCAAGUAUGAAAUUCUAUAUGAUUUUAAUGGUUUAUAUUGUAAAUUUUAAACCAAGAAAACAAGCUUGAAAGCAAAAAGGAGAGGAGCAGAAAAUCAAAGGAGAA